AUGAGUGGACCGAGUCGGGGGAAGGGAUCCCCUCCGACAGGCCCCGGCAACACCUCUGAGACCUCCUUCCACUACUCGUCCUUAUCACCUGGCUGGACAAGAUUGCUUCGUCUACUACCGCACAAGGGCAGCCAUGCCCCGGUAGAGUGCCAAAUCUUCGAUUACCCUUUGCAGGAACUCGGCGAUGGAAGUCACCUGUAUGAGGCGUUAUCUUAUGUCUGGGGCGAUCCGGGCUAUCGUCGGUCUAUCUUGAUAAAUAAUCAUGAGGUGCUCAUUACAGACAACCUCCACACGGCGCUGGUCCAUCUACGGAACCGCUUUCUGGACCGGGUUCUUUGGAUGGACGCGGUUUGCAUCAAUCAACAAGACCUGUCAGAAAAGGUGGAGCAAGUUCAACUUAUGGCAGAGAUCUAUAGCAAGGCCAGUCGAGUCAUAGUCUGGCUCGGAGACGCCCAAGAUAAUGGCGACCAGGCCCUGGAAGAGAUCCGCCUGGCUGCAGCCGGUGCAUUGACCGAACCCGCCCUCAGUAAAUCGGCUGAACAGGCUAUCCUCGCCUUGCUUCAACGGCCAUGGUUUGAGCGCAUCUGGGUUCUUCAAGAGGUCGCGGCUGCCCGCAAUAUUCUAGUCAGAUGCGGAUGCACCGAGAUUGAUGGAUACACAUUCAGUGCGGGUCUGAUGUCCAAGGAAUUUGAACGACUCGAGGGAAAUCUUCUAGCCAUACAAGAUUUAGUUCAUACGGUGCUUGACCUCAUGAGUCGUGCAGGAUUCCGAUCAAGAAGGAUGUCUCGUUCGACGGGGAGAUCUUCGUUGCGCAUACGUCCACUACCUGAACUAAUCCAGAUGUUCCACGCGCGUAAGGCUACCAUGCGCCACGACAAGGUUUUUGCCUUGCUUGGUAUGAGCACUGACGACCCGGCCGUGGCUGGCCUGUCUCUCAGUUAUGAGAUGCCAUGGCAUACGCUAACGAAACAACUUGUACUUUUCCUAUUUGGCAGUGAAAUGUUGGUAAAGACCUGGCCCGAGCGAGAGAUGGCGUUAAUCAAGAGCAAAGGCUGUGUUCUUGGCAUGAUCACCUCAGUGACCACAAGGGAUCUUCUCAACAAGCAAGACAUAGUUCUUACCUUGGCGGAUGGACCAAGUGUGAGCAGACCCCAGAGUCAGUGGUGUCUUCCAGGCUCAGCAAAGUCCGUCCAGACUGGGGACUUGCUGUACGUGUUGUGUGGGUCCUCCACACCCAUAAUUGUCAGACCCUGCAAGGAUUUCUUCUCGGUCAUCCUCAAUUAA